ACUUCAACCAGAGACAGAGUCUGAAAAAAAAGAAAAAAGCUUGUAAAAACUAGUCCAUCCAGAAAGAACUGUUUCUGAGCUAAACUGUCUUUUGGGUCUAACAGGAAGUGACCCAAAUGUUCCUAACCCUCCACAGUGAUAAACCAACACACACACACUCCCCCUUCAGAUAUCUGGUUCUGCUCUGCUGUCGCUCUGACACACUCACAGAGGGAGGUAGUUAACUCUGUGAUUCCACUGCUGAAUUUUUAACGUGUUGUGGAACUUUUCUUCCAGGCAGGUUACUGUGGCACCAGGGUACUGUUAUACCAACAGAGACUGGGCAAAGUUCUGUUGUUUACCAAGGCUGGACGGAACCAGACUGUUCACUGGGUGUAUGGGUUAAACAUCCGCUCUGUCCUGAUGUCUUUACCAUAGCAAACAUGACUCUCAACACCCAGAGAGAAAAGGAGCCUCUGCCGUGGCCAUGCAGCACUCCAAUUCCUCCUCCACAAUUCAUGCAGCACCCGUCCUGGAAUCAGGACCUCCAGCUCCCUGGCAGCACCCAGCCUGACCCCAAGCAGCCCCAGCCCCAACACAGCCACCCUCCUCUGGGACAGUCAGCGUCCUACCAUCCUGGAGACAAGUCCCUCCACUACCGGGCCCACUGGAGUUCAGACUCAGACGACGACUCGCAGAGUGACUCGGACUGUGUUUACAGAGUGGUGUUGUUAGGCGACCACGGUGUUGGAAAGACCAGUCUCGCUGGAAUCUUUGCUGGGAUCACAGAGAAAGAUGAACAACCCGAAGGGGACACAUACGAGCGAACGCUGACAGUAGAUGGAGAGGAAACCACACUUAUUGUCAUGGACACCUGGGAGAAUGAUAAACUGGAGGGGAAAGAUGGCUCCUCUCAGGAUGACUGUCUGAAGGUGGGGAGUGCUUAUGUCAUUGUCUACUCUGUCACCGAUCGGUCGACCUUUGACUCUGCUGCUGAGCUCCGCAUCACACUACGACGCACUCGCCAGGCCGACAACAUUCCCAUCAUCCUCGUUGGCAACAAGAGUGACCUGGUCCGGUCUAGAGAAAUUGCUGUGGAAGAGGGCCGAGCAUGUGCUGUGGUGUUUGAUUGUAAAUUCAUAGAGACGUCUGCAUCUCUGCAGCACAAUGUGGCCGAGCUGUUUGAGGGCGUGGUUCGACAGAUCCGCCUCCGUCAGGACGGCAGUGAAGCUGUCCCUCGUCGACACUCUGUCUACAAACGCAAAGAGAGCCUUACCCAGAAGGCUCGCCGCUUACUGGACCGACUGGUGGCACGAAACAACCAGCGCAUGGCAGUCAAAGUGCGGUCCAAGAGCUGCCAUGAUCUGGCCGUCCUCUAAAAACACAUGUCCUCCAGGAACGUCAGGAGCUGCAGGGAUCAAACCUCUGUGAUCCACUUCACAAAAAAAACACACUCUCAGGUCUCCACAUCAACCCCAGGAUGUUUACUGUUGCCACGAUGACCUGGGGGCCGUUAGCGUUGAAGAAGAGGCUAUUUACUCAGUCAUCGCCAUGACGACAGGGUUGCAUGCUGGACACCUCUGUAAGGUUGACAAAGAACAGGCUGACUGUCUGGAGGAGAGUUGGGGCUUUUCAGCCCAGGAUUCAGACUCUCAGGCUUUAUAUAAAACUCAUCUGCUGGGAACAACCUGAUUGGCUGUUGGCUAUUGGUCCAAAUAUAAGACAGUGUUGUUCUGGAAGUUAGACUUGAACCGAAUUAAAGGUUUACAACCAUGCUACAGUAGCAGCUCUGUGAGGGUGUACAUAGCAGCAGUAUUUAGGUAAAUGCUAACAUGCAUCAUAAUUUUAAGAUCCUGAUGCUUAGCAGGUGUAAUAUUUAUUGUGUUCACCAUUUUAUUUUAAUGUGUUAACAAGCAAACAUUUGCUACUAAGCACUGAUGGGAAUCCCAUUAGUGAUACAGGUCUUUGAACAUAAGCCAAAUUCCUGGAUACAUCAAAAAUUUGAUCUCAUUAUAGAUGGAAAGUUACAAUUUUGCAUUUCAUCCCAGGGGACAAGUGAAUGUAUCAUAUCUCAGGCUAAUAUUUGCUGAGACAUUUCAAUGAAGCCACAAAAGUCACAAAAGUGGUGGUGUUAGCGCAAGCGUCUCUAACACAUGAGUAACCAUUAGCUCACUCCUUGUUUCUGAGUAGCUAUGGAUUGGUGGUACAAACAUUAAAUAACACAACCUUCACUUAGCAAACCUGCUACAACUGCAGUCCAAUUAAAUACACAGGCAUCCUGCCCUCCUCUGACAUUAAAUUAUUUAUUUGUUAAUCAAGUGAAUUAUGCUGCUGUCAAGUUUGUUUGCAUCAGUUACGCUGUGCAAUGAUGAUAACAUUUUUUCAUAAUGUUGCAUUAAACGCUAAAAGUUUUUACUUACAUGGACUGAUAUAAACUAAACAUUUGCAGAGACAGGACGUAUGUCAGCCACUUUCAUUUUGUCAAACUAGCUCUCCAUGGAAAAAGGCUGAAGACCCCUGCAUUAGAGAAAAAGUCAGAUCACCAGUCUUUAAACCAAUUGUUCAUUCUUUAUUUCUAUAGAAACCGAACAGAAAUGAAUUCAAGAUGUUGUGAAAUAACAACAAAUCAGCAGCAGUUUGUCCAGAAACCACAUCAGGAAGACUAGUUGUCCCAGUUUUACCGAUCAAAUAUCCUUUCUUUUUAUUGACUGGGCAUUUUGGUGACACACACACUGUGGUUGAACAGCGACAAUACAUGGAGGAGGAGUGUUGAACAUUGAUUUGAUGAGGGUAAUGGAAAGAAUGCAUGACUCUGCUCAACCCGGAUGACACACACACACACACGCACACACAGUGAUGUGUAAACAUCCUCUCAGUGGAGGAGGACCAGAGACUCAGAGCUGUGAGUUCAGAUCCCUCAAACAUCAGAAAAAUGUCCCUUGGCGUUUCCUCUGAAGUGUAAAAGCUGUGAAGAUAAAGGCUGAUCAAAUUGAUUUUUACCAUAACUGAUGAUACUGCUGAAGCUGCAGGACCUGCUUCUCAUUCUUCUUCUGUUGUUCUAUUUAUAAUAGUGGUGCUGAAGCUCAAAAUUUUGCUGCUGUGCUGAUUUUGUUGAGAAUCAGCUCCAGUUUAAUUUCAGCUUUUAUUUGAGCUAGCUGUAAGAACUGUAACAACAGAGGUCUUAACUCAAGGUCAAUGUGGGUUAUUAGCUCAUGGCUAACAGGGACUUAGCAUAGACAUGAACUGAUGAAAGUGACAUUAUGCAGACUCCUGUGACUAUGCUGACAUGGAAAGUAUAAUUUGAGCUUGACAGGUCUGUUCAAGACUGGGUUGAAAAUUGGCAGUAGAACUGGCAGAUACAAAAAAAUGAACACUAAUAUGGUUGACUCAGCUGGGUGAAAAUGAACUAGAUGUACACUUAUUUGUAUCUGCUGUUGCUUAUGAUGAGCUAUGUAACACAGUUAAUAAAACAUUAGCUCAUGGUUAGCAGCAUCUUAGAGGGCCUGUUUGGUUCCAUUCAAAUUAAGUCUGUCAGUGCAUUGUCUUUGUGCUGCUGCACAGCUGUCAGUCCAUGUGAAAGUGACAGUCACUUCCAAGUGGCAGAACAACCAUAGGACUUUAUGAUAGAAAAUAUGUGAUUAAAGUAUGUUUUAAAAAGCUAAACUACUGCUAAAUUCCUCUGUUGAUAUGAAUUGUUGAGUG